AACACACAUAUAAAUACAGACACAAACACCAUUUUGUGUUUGUGUAGGAUCAUAAAACAAAAGAAAAAGAAUGAAGGGGUUGAAUGGAGGGACAGUGAGAGCCAAGGAAGAAGAGGAGCAAGAGGAGGGCAUGUCUGCACAUUCCCCUUGCAAGAAAUCUCCCUCUUCUUCUUCAUCUCUCCACAAGGAGCAAUCACAGGUUGAGGUGGAGCUGAAGCUGUUGGAAGCUCUGGAAAUCUACCCUCUUGUCAAAUUACGAGGUAUACAUCGUCACUUUGUUCUUUUUGGGCUGACUGAAUAUUUGCAGAGAAGCUUUAAUAGGCCGUUCUCCCCUUCUGAGGUUCUGCAGUUGCUAGACCGUUUCUACAAUCUGGAAAUGCUGCAACCAGAUGACGAGGAUAAUGAAAUACUGAACCAAGAAGAAGAAUUCUCCCUUCCGCCGAGUUUCUUUGCUAAGGAUGAACCUUGAGUGCUACUGAAGUGGGCUAUAUGAUCGAGACAGAUGACUCAUGGGAAAUUAUCUAUUUCUGCAUGCCCUGUAAUCAUAUGAACCUCUAGUUUGUUUUAACUUUUGCGACUUUUGCAGCAUCCUUGCUGCUAGUUUCUGCAAAUAGAAUAAAAAAACACUCCAGAAGUGUCCUUGACUUUACUUAUAUAUGUUUUGUUGCUCAUAA